AUGGCAGCCACAGCGCCAGCGCCAGUCACGGCGGCACAGGGCGGCCUACCGGGCUUCACCAAGCUCUCAGACGUGGUGUACGUCCACCGCCCAGACCAAGAACGAGAGGACCAGGGGGCCCUCACCCGAAAGCCAUCGGCCUCCUCAGCCCCCGCGGCGCCGAGGCUCAUCGUGCUGGCCGGGUGGAUGGGCGCGCGCGAGCCACACCUCGCAAAGUACACCACCAGGCUGCAGGCGCUGUUCCCGGGCGCGCCCAUCGUGGUGCUGCGGUCCUUCGUCCACCACUUCACCACCAGGGCCGCCCAGCACCCCAGGGACGUCGCCGCCGCCGUGCCGGUCAUCCGCUCCAUCAUGGGCGACCACCACGACGGGGACGGCGACGAGGAGGAGGGCGGUAGACCGGCCAUGCUCGUGCACCUCUUCUCCAACGGCGGGUCGGCCGCGCUGCGGCACCUGCGCGAGCAGUACGCCUUGUCGGGCAAGGAGGGCAGCAGCGGUGGUGGGGAGCCGGCCGCGGCGCUGCCGCGGCACGUAACCGUGUUCGACUCGGCGCCGGGCCGCUUCCAGUGGCAGCGCAGCGUGACGGCGUUCAUGGCGUCGGCGGCGCGCUGGGGCCUGCUGGCCCGGCUGGCGAUGCGCUUCAUCGUCAACUGCCUCUUCGGGCUCUACUGGGCCGCACACGUCCCCUGGGGCCGCCCGGGCUACCUCGACCGCACGUGGCUCUCGCACAACGACCGCGCGCGGAAUGCGGCCGAGGUCCGCCGCGCGUAUAUCUAUAGCGAGGAGGAUGCUCUUGUGGAUUACCGGGAUGUUGAGGAGCAUGCGGCUUCUGCGGUGCGGAAUGGUUUUGUGGUGGCGAGGAUGGAGAAGUUCGCUGGCGGCCAGCAUGUCGCGCAUGUGCGGAUCGAUGAGGGGAGAUACUGGGAGAUUGUAAAGGAUACUUGGGAGAAUAAUUCCCCUAUGAGUGUACAAUCACCGCAUUAG